AUGUUCGCCACCCGGAUCGCUAACCUUGUCUCGACAGUUCCCGACAAGCUAAGCCCGGGUUACAUCUUUGUCGGCCCGUACGAAGCGUCCAAUUCCGGCCCGUAUAUCUAUGAUGAUGAGGGGAACCUAGUCUGGAGCGGCUGGGGUAACUCGGGCCCCGGAAAUGCCCACGGCAUGCACGUUUGCAAAUACAAGGGAAAGGAUCACUUGUGUUUCUUUCAGGGUGUUCAACAGAAUGGGUAUUGUCGAGGUCAUGGAGUCAUCAUGGAUGACCACUAUCGCAUCGUCCGAACCGUGGUUCCCGGAGGCGGCAUGGCAUCCAGCGAUAUGCACGAAUUCAUGCCUAUCAAUGACGGCAAGACUGCCUUGAUGACGGUCUACCAGCAGCGACAGUUCGACAUGUCCACGUGGAACGUGAAAUCCGGCAUGGGAUGGGUGAUGGAGAGUAUCUUCCAGGAGGUGGAUGUGGAGACCAACGAAGUUCUGUUCGAGUGGAAGUCCCUCGACCACGUCGACCCUUCGGAUGCCUACACCUGGCCGAGUCACACUGAUACUUCGGGCACUGGGCUGGACCCGCGCUCGCCCUGGGAUUACUUCCAUAUCAACUCGAUCGACAAGAACGCCGACGGCGAUUAUUUGAUCUCUUCGCGCCACACGUGCGCAAUCUACAAGAUCUCCGGCAAGGAUGGAUCAAUCAUCUGGCGGUUGCAUGGAGCGCAUCCGACGUUUAAGAACAUCAACUUCAGUUUCUCGCAGCAGCACGACGCGCGGUGGCUUGGUGAAAACUCCACCCACACUCUGCUGUCUCUGUACAACAACGGGUACAAUGGGUUCAACCGCACCCACGACUUCUCCUCGGGUAUGAUCAUCUUGAUCGAUCACCAAGAUAACACCGCCACUCAGCUGCACGACUACUCUCCUCCCGGCAAGACCAUGAUCAGCUCCAGCCAGGGUAAUAUGCAAGUGCUUCCGAACAAGAAUGUAUUCAUUGGGUGGGGUAACAACGCUUAUGUUUCGGAACAUGACGAAGAAGGCAACGUGCUGCUCUGGGGUUAUAUCGACAAGGAUCGCAUCAUGAACUACCGGGCGCAAAAGUUCGAAUGGGAUGGGAUGCCUACCGACGUGCCGGCUCUCUGGACGUACUCGCAAUCUACCGACACCUUCUCUCCGACGACGUUCUACGUCAGCUGGAACGGAGCUACGCGUGUGAAGUACUGGCGGUUCUACGGCGCGACCAACUCCACUGGCCCGUAUAUGCUCAUCAAGCAGACCGAAAAGAGAGGAUUCGAAACGAGCUACUCGGCACCGCACUUCUACCGCUGGACCUACGCGGAGGCGGUGGAUGUGGAGGGCAAGGUUCUGGGCAAGUCGCGCAGCAUGUUCACCUUCACGCCGUCGCCCGAUCUCCAGGGCUACUGUGGCCGGGAGUCAUGUGAGAAUGCGCAGACGUAUGGAAUGCCCGGCGAGGAGGGCGCUGGACCUGCCAUUCCCCCGGCUGGAAUUAACACCGUUCCUUGGGUCGAUCCUGAUCACCCUGAUGCACACUUCGAUUGGGGUCAGACCGGAGAUGAUGAUGAUGAGAGCGAGAGCGGGUCCGGCAAUUUGAAGAAUGUUUAUGAUAACAACGUGGGAUGGAUCGCCCCGGUCUUCGGCUUUGUCGUUACCAUCGUGGCCAUCUAUACGAUCAUGCGGAUAUACCGGCGCCAACAGCAAUUUAGCCGGGUGAAGGAGAGGGCAUCGACGGAGAGUGUCGAUAGGAUCGAGAGGUCCAAGCCCUGGACGGAAUCGGAGGAGACGCCGUGGUGGCAUUGGCGGCGCUGGACGAAGUCACAGGAGCCACCGCGGUAUUUUCCGUUGGCAGAACAACGGAGUCCAUCCUGGCGAGCGGAAGGACAAUAUGUGCGAUAG